AUGUUUCCGAUCUCAUGCUAAUUAAUCUGCGCCUGAGAGAGAGAGAAAGUCCAAACCCCCAACUUUCCUCCAACUCUUAAGUGAGAUUCGCACAGAGGAAGAGUAUGAGGCAUCAAGGAGGAAACUAAAUACCUCAGUCCAGCAUGUACAGACAAAACUUUUAGGGACUGACAAUACAGAAAUACAAAGUCUCAAAGCUGAAGUUAAAGAGCUUAAGGCCAAGUUAGCCACCUGCAUGACUAAGGCCCCUGAGGUCAAAGAGAAAGGCUCGUCCUCAGUGCAGUCAAGUGAGCCCAGUGACACCAAGGAACUGGCUGCUUUGAAAAAACAAGUGAAAAGACUGCAGCAGAAAGUAGCCCAAAGAGAUACUGUUCCAGACUCCUCUUUAAAACUGGCUACCAUGGCAGCAGUAGAGGCUAACUCAAAGACAAGGACCCCUUACCAGAACAGAACACCUUUGGAUGAGCAGUUCUGUUACCGUUGUGGGGAAAAGGGACAUUUUGUCGCAAAGUGUCAAAAUCCUGAAAAUCAGAGCAAAGUUAUUCGAAAGCUCAUCCAAACUGUCAAGACACUGAAAGAAAGUUCAGGUACUUCAACAAGUAAUGCCCCUGACACUGACUGUCAUGUCAAGGAGGGUCUUCUGAUUUGGGGUUUAAGUGAGUCCAAUGUCAGUUACCCCUACCUUGGCUAUGUUGUGGUAGAUGUUGAGUACCCGGCUGAAGUGACUGGCACCAAACACACAGUACCUAUCUUGCCCUGAUCUGUCCAAGCCCAAAAAAAGAGCAGAUUUAUGUCAUUGUUGGCACUAACACCAGCCAUGUCCGCAAUUUGGUACUGGAAUGCAGAAAAGAGGGGCGUGACAUAACCAAAAGCCUGGGCAUCCAAAUUCACAGGGAGUCGCUACCCACUUUCACAGACUCCAUCACCCUAGGCUCUCAAGAUGACCAGGUUGGCUGUGUGACUUGACAAGGUUCAAGUCCCUUGUCCUUACCCCCUGGAAAAGACUUGCAAAUAACUUGCAAAGUUCAUUUUCAGAAGACAGUUGGCAAAGAGAUCUUGAUGUUUGACUCUUCUCCUUUAGCUCCUCUGCCAGGUGAUGUCCUGCUUCAACCCAUGGUUGUGCCCGCCAAUGCGGUACAAGUUAACAGCUUCAGGAUCCUGGUGCAGAACCAGUCCGCCAGGGAAACCAUUAUCCCGGUUGGAACCGUCAUGGGUCACCUU